AUACCCGACCGGAAGCUAAUUGAGAAACAAGAUGGCUGCGCCAGUACCUGGUGUGGGACGUCUGGAGGAGGAGGCGCUGCGGCGGAAAGAGCGGCUCAAGGCGCUUAGAGAAAAGACUGGGCGCAAGAAUAAGGAAGAUGAGGAACCAAAAAGUAAACACAUCAAAGAAGAGGAAGAAGGAGGCGAGAAACACAGAGAACUCAAAUUGCGGAACUAUGUACCUGAGGAUGAGGAGCUAAAGAAGAGGAAGGUACCUCAGGCCAAACCAGCCUCAGUGGAAGAGAAAGUAAAAGACCAGCUGGAAGCAGCGAAGCCAGAGCCCAUUAUUGAGGAAGUGGAUUUGGCCAACCUUGCCCCCAGAAAGCCAGAUUGGGACUUAAAGAGAGAUGUGGCUAAGAAAUUGGAAAAGCUAGAGAAGAGGACACAGAGAGCCAUUGCUGAGCUAAUCCGAGAAAGACUUAGAGGCCAAGAAGAUGACCUGGAAUCUGCAAAGCCAGAAGAGAGUGACUCAGAUUAAAACAGCUUCUCCCUUGGCCACACAAGAUGGCAGUGUGGACUGAUCCUUUUAGGCCAGGGAAAAGGCCCACUCUCCAUCUUGGUCCCCGGAGUGACCGCCACUAUGGUACUUUAUUGCCCAUCUUAGAGUACAUUUUAGAGGUGUGACUUGAAUAUGUCUGGUCUAUGAUUACCUCAAUCUAAACUUAAAAAAAAAGCCUUAACAUAAUGCAUCAGUGAGAACUUCUCUGCUGUUGUCAUCAUAUUAACAUUUUCUACCAAUUCACAUAUAGCAUAUUCCAUUUUUAUUUUACUUUUUAAAAAAAUCUCAGUUUAUUAUUUAUUUUUAACAUUCUUUUACAAUUUUGAGUUCCAAAUUUUCUCCCUCCCUCUCAUCCCCUUUCACACCCACUGAGAAGGCAAGGAGUGAUAUCAAUUACACAUGUGAAAUCAUGCAAAACAUUUCUAUAUUAGCAUUUUUUUAAAGUAAGAAAAAUAGAGAAAGUGAGAAAAUUACACUUCAGUUAGCAUUCAGAGUUCCAUGAUGGCAUAUUCCAAAUAGGUAACUUCUGUCUUGACUGACAGCAACAGGCCUCUGUGAUAAACUGUCAGUCAAAUUGAUCUGGCCAGUUGGCAACCUGAUUCUGGGCAGAUGGGGGCAAUGGUAAGGCAGGAAGCCACAUUGCUGUGUGUAAUAUGUAUAUGUGUAUAGAUGUAUAUAUUUUGGACUUUUUCCAUUUUUUAGAAAUAAAGACAGACCCAAGUGUGUGAAUGAGACUGAAAUGCUUGUCAUGAUCCAGUAAAAGAGGGAGUAUGUGAUCCCCUUAUAUGCCCUUGUGACCUAUAUUAAUAUUAUUUCAUCUGAUCAUGAAUGGAAAAGGGUUGGAAUAAUCUUGAUGUGGGCUAUAGUUUUGUCUAAACCAGGGGAAUGAUAAUUGUUGAAAAACUAGGUCAGUGAGAAGGGGAGUGCAGUUCAGGUGGGGGCAGGCACUUCUGAAUUUGUAAUAUGUUAUACCUUCCAGCUCGGGGAGCAAAGGCAGCAGAAUAAGCCCAAAGGAAAAGUCCCAAUGGAAACUCCAGGGAGCACCGUUCUCAGGGCAUAUUAGACCCAUAGAAGUGUUCUUGUGGAGUGGGGAGAACUGCUCUGUGUUAAGCAGUUCCAGGCAGAUCUGAAGGGUCCAAAGAGGGAGAGGACAAACAGUGGAAAAACAGCUGACCUUAAAAUAAAGUGGAUAGGAAGCCAUGGCUACCAGUCCUGAAGCUGGCGAGCCCUUGCUUUGCGUCCACCCCAAAUCUGGCUCAGGUAACUCCAUUAGGCAACAGCUGAGGAACAAUAAAUGCUAGUAAUUGUGAGUUGUUGAAUUGAACCAGAGCAGCCAGCAAACAUCACAUCAAAUACUGAUUUAGUGCUUCCCAAAUAGCCAUCCACCAGGACCUAGCCAGCAAGAGAAUCUCUCAUCAUUUCUGCCUCCAUAAAAAGGACCCACAUCCUUCUCUUCCUGCCUUUCUACCUCUUACUCAGGAAGCAGUAAAUCAAUGUUCUUGCUACUAGAAAUGUUACGAUAAUUUACUGCCCUAGAGCUCCACUCAUGUCCCUGUGCCCCUGGCUCAGAGCACCCUUUCCUGCCUCUAUUUGCCAGGAUGUGUUGUCUGCUCCUACUACAGUGUCGCUUGAGGGCAGAGACUCUCCCUUUUAUAUUUGUGUCCACAAUCCCUGGCACCAAAUAGACAUUUAAUAAAUACUUGUUGAUUGAUUAGUCCUUUGUCUAAAGGACUGUGCUGGACCUUUGGAGAGAUAGUUGAGCUAAAACAAUUUCUGUCUUAUGAAGCUUAUAGUUUAAUAGGGGAACUAAGUAAUUACAGUGUGUAACAUCAGUGUGGUACGUAGUGGUGCUUGAUAAAAGCUUGUUGACUGUUGACAACAUUACAUAGAUAAAAAGACAAAACCAGAUAUAUGUGAAGUCCAAGGGGUGGUGCCUAUAACUGAUCAGUUAAGGCAGAACUGCUUCCCUGAAUCCGGGUUCCUUGCCACUUCAUUCCCAGGAAACCAUGGCAGUGUCCUCAGGCCUUCCCUUGCCAGCCUCCCUCACCUGGUCCAGAUACUGAAUUACAGGCAGUGUAUUACAGGGGAAUGAAUGCUUGCAUGGUGCUCAAGUUAAAAUCUUCACUUGGUCACUAUCUGGAUGACUUUGAGUAAGUUGUUUAGUUUUUCUGGGCUUCUCUUUAUUCCUCUGUAAAAUGAAGAAUUAGAUGGCCUCCAUUCUGGGCCACUAGG